GUGUCAGGGAGCACAAACAAUCUCAUACGGGGUCUUGCCCGCUUUAUGCCACAACACAAAGAAAGAAACAAGAUAUGGCUGCUGUGCUGUCUGAAGAGCAGCUACUUUGCCCCAUCUGUCUGGAUUUGUUAAACCAACCUGUCUCUACUCCUUGUGGGCACAACUUCUGCAGAGAGUGCAUACAAGGAUACUGGCAGAGUGCUAAUCUGUCACAGUGCCCAGUGUGCAAGCAGAGGUUCUACAGAAAGCCUGAGCUCAAGGUUAACACCUUCAUAUCUGAGGUCGCUUUGCAGUUCAAGAAGUCGUUGCAGGAAAAUGAAGCUGAUAAGCAUUAUUCAGGAGUUUCAUGUGAUGUUUGUGUUGGGAAAAGAGUUCAAGCUUUUAAAUCCUGCCUGGACUGUUUAGCCUCCUUCUGCAAGACUCAUCUAGAGCCACAUCAUGUCCUAGGCACCUUCAAGAAACACCAACUCAUUGAGCCAACGCUGAACAUGCAAGACAGAGUGUGUAAGAAGCAUGGGAAACUCUUGAGCCUGUUCUGUCACACUGAUGAGACUUAUGUGUGCGACAUCUGCAUUAAGAAAGACCACAGCACUCAUCACACUGUAUCUAUAGAAGCUGAGAGCAGAGGCAAGAGGGCUCAGAUUUUGGGGAUGAAUGCUGAAAUGGAAGAAAUGAUUGACGACCGACUGCAGAAGAUCAGCGGCAUCAAUCAAACUGUCAAGUUCAGCACACAAAACACAGAAAAUGAGCUUGAAGAGACUCUAAAAGUUUUCAGCAAAAUUCUCCAUCUUGUCCAGAGAGGCCAAGCUGAGGUGGUGGAUGUUAUCGGCUCAAAACAGCGGCUAAUCGAAAGCAACGCGAGGCAACUCAUCGCAGAGCUAGAGCAGGAGAUCACAGAGCUAAAGCGUAGAAAUGCUGAGCUGGAGCAGCUCUCACGCACCGAAGACAAGCUCUUCCUUCUCAAGAGCUUUCCAGCUUUCUCAAAGCCACCAGCCACCAAAGACUGGCCCGAUACAUGCAUAGAGAGGGCUGUUUAUGUUGGCACACUGAGGAGAGCAGUCAGGAGAGUGGCAUGCCAGCUGGAGGAGAUGGUAAAAGCUGAGGUGAAGAGGCUAUGUGAGGCCGAAUUCCGGAGAGCUCAGCAGUGCGCCGUAGACGUGACGCUGGAUCCUGAUACGGCUCAUCCCAAACUGGUGCUGUCUGAAAACAGGAAACAGGUUUAUCAUGGGGAUGUAGCGCUAAGCCUUCCAGACAGCCCGAAGAGAUUCUACCCCGGUGUCAGCGUCCUGGGGAAGGAGGGUUUUUCCUCUGGAAGGUUCUACAUCGAGGUCCAGGUGAAAGGGAAGAAGGAGUGGGAUGUUGGAGUUGCGCUGGAAUCUGUCAGCAGGAAAGGAGGAAAUACGCUGAAUCCUGAAAAUGGCUACUGGGCCAUGGGGAUGAGACAGGGGGAGAGCUACUGGGCUCUUAGCACCACUCCUAUCCAUUUGCCGCUGGUGGAAAAGCCACAGAAAAUCGGGGUGUAUGUUGAUCUAGAGGGGGGGCAGGUUUCUUUUUACAAUGUGGACUCUGCUUCUCAUAUAUACUCAUUUACAGGAUACGCAUUCAAUGAACAACUUUUCCCCUACUUCAACCCUCGGCGUAAUCACAGUGGAGUCAACUCUGCUCCCCUGAUCAUCCUGCCUGUCAAUGUGUAAAAUCUGCAAAGCCACUGGAAGCAGAUGUCCACAAUAACUUUAUAACAUUGCUAUUUAGGGCAGUGGGUCCUGGAGCACCCGGUCCCCUUACACUUGUAUCCAAAAAAAGCUGACCCACAUAAAAUAGGAUACAUCGCUUAAAUUUACUUGGAUUUUAACUGAUUUAAUUGUGACAUCAACUUCAAGUGUGGUUGCACACUCCUGAAAAUGUAUUGAAAAUUUCAGGAGAACUGCCCCUAAAAUGCUCCAGAGUUGGCGGUUCACAUAUGCAGGAGUGGGAGAUUUUCCUUGCCGGACGGCAGGGGGUCGGACAGUCUGAGGAGCCAGCACGUAAAAAAGAAAGAUGUGAAUGAAGUAACAGGAUCCUCUGUACUUCAUCAGCCCUGUCUACUCUCCUGUAGCAAAUUUCCGUGGAUAUGUUCACACAUCAGCUCUGCAAAUGCCACGAAUUGUACUAAAAAGUUGACGGGUAACGGUCUGUGUAAAAUUGGUCUGUUUUUGUAGCUCACCCAGGAAAAAAAAUAGUUUUUUGCAUAUGUGAAUAGGGCCUAGUGCUUUCACACGUGUGGAGAAUGUCUGAAAAUUGUCUUAAUUUUUCUUUGUGAGCUGCUUUAUGUUGAUAAAUCAAUCAAUCAAUCAACUGUUUUUUGUCUAGCACCAAUUUAUAACCGAAGUUAUCUCAUGACACUUAACAAAGGGGGCAGAUCCGGGCAGUACUCUCUGUUGUGGCCAAUAAUGUGGCCUAUAGACCAGUGUAGGUCAUUAAUAUCAUAAUUAAAGACCAGCGUUAAUUAACGGUGCAAUUAGGCAUGCAAACAGCCUAAUUUUUUCACCCAGACUAGAUUCCACCCUCCAUCACCCCAUCCCUGUCUUACAGGGAAAACUUCCCAAUAUGAGGGAAAAGUGUGAACAAACACUGCACUGUAUUGAUAAAUGGACUUGAGCUUGUAAAGUGCUUUUCUGAUCAUCUGACUACUAGGGGUGGGAAUCACUAAUGGCCCCAUGUUGAUAUUAUCACGAUACUUAUGCCAUGAUCCAUUAUUAUUGUGUUUUUAAACAUUUUGCAACACACAGAGUAUUGCAAUACCAUACAAUGCAGUAUAUUGCUAUCUAUACCAUUUUUCAACUCUUUAGCUGAUUUAGUAUUAGCCUUGCCUUCAUUUUGAUCAUAUUACUGCAGUAUUUUAUUUUCAUGCGGCACUCCUUGCAGACCCCAUGUGUCAUGUCCAUGUUUUUCAUGCCCUGUUUGCAUUCCUAAUGUCCUUUACCUGGCGUUUCCAUAUUGGUUGUACUAACUUGACCGUCACCUCUGCGGACCUCACUGGACAAAGGGUGCAACAGCAUCAUCAAGUGGACAGAAAAGCAACUGAUGCUGUUUAUCCAGUAUCAUAGACUUCAGUUCAUAUUAGCAAUUAAUUUGAAAUAAACUAAUACUAGGUGGAUUAUACAAUAUGAUAUAUCGCUUCACAAAAUAUCGCAAUGCUAUGCUGUAUCGAUUUUUUCGCUCACCUGAGAGAUGAUCAUCUACCGUCACCCCAUUAUUUCACGUAAAAUGUGCAAAUCUCAUUUUGACAGACUGUUUACUCAGUUUCAUUAAACGUUUUGUAAUUAAGUUGUGCAGGUCAGAUUCAUCUGAAAAUGCAUGUAUGAAACAUGUUUUAGCCUCUGAGUGACACAAAGAAACUGAGAAGAAAAGACCAUUCUGGCAAUGUGAACACAGAGCUGAGAACAAAAAAACAAUAGGAAAUUUGACUUAAGUCUUUAAUUUAGAUAGUCACAAACUCAUGAUAUUUUUAGCUAGUUAAAAUGCUGCAUGCUCUGUCUUUAAGCAUGGCAUCUAUCGAUUUUUUAAAAUUAUAAUCUGUAGCUUUGAGAAUAAACAUCUAAACUCAUGUUGUGUAUACUAGAUUAAUUGAAAUGAAUCUUUUUCAUGUUUUCCUCUGAACAGACUCAGAUUACUUAAAAAUUUUUAGGGCUGCACUUUGCCGUUUUUUUCUUAAGUUUUCUGAUAGUUAUGAAUGUUUGAUAUAACUCAUAUUUAUGAUCAAUGUUAUAUUACUUUUUAUGAUCAGUUAUUUUACUUUUUAAGAUCCAAACAGUUAGAGCCUAGCUGUGGCUUGCAUGCCUUAACUAUCCUUUUUACUCUUCGUGUUUAAUUCAGAGUUAGUACAAGUCUAGUGUGAUGUUUGUUGCUCUUUUUGCUUUA